UUCUCUUACCUCCCGUGGGACACAAGGCCGAAAAUUUCGCUUGGAGGUGUGUCUCAAUACCGCAUUUUCAUUGGUCGCAAUACGAUACGGUAUUGCGAUGUGUAACUAUUAAUUAUCCAAUAAAAAUCAUCGUUGCAACCCGUAUGUCGGGAAGGAUUUUGCAAACAAUAUGGAGACGUUCGAGGCGAAAGUGAAAGAAGUUUUUCAAAUAAACGAGCUAAAAGACUUUCAAAGAGAGUCUUUGGCAGCGCUCUUGAAGAGAAGAGAUGUUUUUCUGUCUAUCAAAACCGGAGGUGGGAAAAGUAUUUGCUACCAGGGCUUUCACACGGCAUAUAACGCUAGUUUUGACGACAACAAUCCGAUCUCAGUUUUGGUCGUCUCACCUCUACUUUCCAUUAUGCAUGAACAGUGCAAUUCAUUGAAUAGUUUAGGAUUUCUUUCAGCAUUUAUUGGUGGUGAAAACGACGAUUCCAUUUUAAGAAAUGAAAUGCAAUUCAUUUUCACCUCACCUGAAUGUGUGCUAAAUGGAAAGUGGAGAGAUUGGGUGACAAACAAUUCAACCAUUAGAUUAAUAGCUGUAGAUGAAGCCCACACAGUGUUACAUUGGGUUUAAAUUAUUCCCCUUAUUUUUUAGGGGAGAGUCUGCGA